AUGGAUAUUUCAGAGGUUCGUAAGGCUCAUAAGGUUCUUCAAAAAGCAUUUCAAGAAGGAAAUCAAAUGUUAAUUAUUGAUAUAUUAAGGCUUUUAAAGAACAAAGUUGUUGUGUCAGAGGCUCUUGUUGAUACAAAAGUAGGAGUUACAAUUGGAAAAUUAAGAAAUUAUUCAGAGAAAUAUGUAGCAGAUUUGGCUAAGGAGAUCUCAAAGAAAUGGAGGGGAGAUUUAAGUGCUUUAAAAAAGGCUUCUUUGGUGAAGAAUACGUCGGAAAUGGAGAAAAUGUCAGUUGUGUCAUCUACAUCGAAUACUUUAGAAAAAACAAGAAAUACAGUUUCAAAUUGUAUUAAAACUGAUAUUACGGGUGAUAAAGUUAGAGACAAUUGUAUUUCUUUGAUUUAUAAUGCAUUGGUUUGUGAUUCUGACGAUCUGAAUGCGGAAAUUCUUUCAAAAGCAAAAGCUAUUGAUGAAUUUGUUUUCAAUUUUUAUUCACAUAAAACAGAUGAUUCUUAUAGACAAAAAAUGAGAUCUUUGUUAUUAAAUUUAAAAGAUAAAAAGAACCCUAGUUUACGAGAAAAUGUUAUUAAUGGUGAAUUGAGUAUACCACGACUUUGCACAAUGACAUCCCAAGAAAUGGCAUCAAAGGAACGAAAAGAGGAAGAUAAAAAAUUAGAAGAGAUAAAUCUCUUUAAAGCACGAGGGCCUAAGCCAAUAAAAGCUGUAACUGAUUUAUUUCAGUGCGGAAAAUGUAAACAGAGGAAAGUUUCGUAUUACCAAAUGCAAACCCGAAGAGCAGAUGAGCCUAUGACUACUUUUUAUGAAUGCCAAGUUUGUGAUAAUCGAUGGAAAACAUAA